AUGGGCGGCGAAGCCGCGAGGGACACCGAGGCGGCGACGCCGCGGCUGGGCGCCACCUGUCCAGCGCCGCUCGUCGCCGAUGACGCGUCCCUGGGCGCCGUGCUGUGGCGGUCCGGCCUGUGGCGGAUACUGGUGGUGCUGCUGGUCUGGAGCGUCGGCUUCUCCACGCUGCUGCCCAUAACCCCGACCAUCUUCACCAACUUCUUCGCGUCGCGAUUAGCGCGUCAGUCCGUGGACUGCGAGGCGACGCCGGAGCUGCCGGCCUGCGUGGACGCGCACGCGCAGGUCGUCCAGUGGUCGUCCCUAACCUCGUUCGUGUCGAACUCAGUAGUCUCGUUCCUCUUCCAGCCCCUCGUCGGCGACGCCUCGGACCGCUACGGCCGCAAGCCCUUCCUCGUCGCCGCGUUCGUGCUCGCCCUCCUGCCCUCCGCGGUCGUCGUCGCCCACCUGACCGUCCCCAGCCCAGGCGACCUCCUCCUUUUAUACUACCCUGCCUCGGCUGUGUCUGGCGUCGUGUCGGCCAUCGUCGUUUGCCUGUCAUACUGCGCGGACAAGCUGCCCGCGCGCCACCGCACCGCCGGCUUCGGCCUCAUAAUCGCGGCCUUCUCCCUCGGCUUCGUGGCCGGCCCCGUGGCCGGCGCCGCGCUGAGCGCGCGGUCGGCCGCGCUGCUGGCGCUCGCGGCGACGGCGGGCUGCGCGGCGGCGGUUGCGCUGGCGGUGCCCGAGUCGCUGCCACCCGCGGUCGCGGCGCUGGGCCGCCAGCGCCGCGCCGCGCACCCUCGGACGCACCCGCUGAACGCGGCGCUGUCUCUGGGCCGCAGCUGGGCGCUCAUCAACAGCCGCUCCUUCUUCAGGCGGCUCGCCCUGUGCCUGGCUAUCCUCGGGAUCGUCCAAGGCGGCGUCGAGCAGACGCUCGUGCAGUACCUGCAGCUAACCUUGGGCUUCACGACGCGCGACCAGGGGGCGCUGUUCGCCACCCUCGGGGCGACAAACCUCGUGGUGCAGGUGCUUGUGCUGCCGGUGCUGGUGCCGCUGCUGGGGGAGAAGAAGCUUCUCGUGCUGGGCCUCGCCGUGUCGGCAGUCGAGCAGGCGCUGCUCGCCGUGGCGGCCGCCAAGUGGCAGGCGCUCGGGGCCAUCGCGCUGGGCAGCAUCGCGGGCGUCAGCUUCCCGGCGAUUUCCGCGAUGAAGGCCAACCACUGCAGCGACGACGAGCAGGGGCUCGUCCAGGGCGCCCUGGGCGGCCUGCGCGCGCUGUCGACCGGCCUCGGCCCGCUGCUGUACUCCGCGCUGUUCGCCGCCUGCACCACGACCGGCGGCGCGCUGUCGGGGCGCCCCGGGCUCGUGUUCUGGGCGUCGGCCGCGCUGACGGCGGCGUCGCUCGCGGUGGCCGUGACGGUGCGGGUGCCCGAGGCGCCGGCCGCGGCGGCGGCCGCGACAACGGGCGAGGAGGUGGGGGUUGUGGCGGCGUUUGAUGCGGAGGUUGCUAUUGGGGCGGAGGCCGCGGCGGAGCCGGCUGGGCCAUUCCAUCUGAAGGUCGACUGCGGCGGGCCAGGCGGCGGCGGUGAUCGCGACGGCGACGGCAAGGGGGACGCGGCCGCGAGCCCCGACCAGCGGCGGCGCCCGCGGCCGCGCGGCGCGGCGUGGGGCGCGGAGGAGCGGGCGCCGCUGCUGCCAGAGGGCGCGCGGCGGUAA